AGCAGAGCUGGCCUGGCCUACCAUCCAAAUGAAGUUCCCUAUUUUGACUGCAGUCCUUCUUGGACUCGUCCUGACUCCAGCCCUUGCUGAUCAUCAUCAACAGACUGAAGUAAGCAAGAAAAUCUCCUUUGGUGGAGGCUACCAACUUAUGACCAUCAACAGGAAAUGGCUCGUGGCAAGUAUUGAGCAAAAGACCAACCAUGGGUCCUGGAAAACCAUCUGGAACUAUGACACAGGCUUUAUGGCAACCAAAGUGCUGCCAGAGAAAGUAUGCUACCUUUCCAUAAUGAACAGAACAGAGAUGCCCAGCUUUGAUGCACUCCCUCAGCUGGCUGCAGACAUCAGGAACCACAAUCGCCCAAGACCCCCUUCAAAGGAGAUCACAUUCACCCUCGUCAAGAGAACAAUUCGUGACCUUGAAUCAUAUGGACCAGACACCUUCUCCAUGUGCAGAGGACUCUCAACUUACGUGGCUUACGAAGUUCACGGACCACAAUUCAGUCUCGGAUCAUGCAUCAAACUCGAUGUCCUUCAAUAUUUGGCCCUCACGUACUGCCAUAAUGAUAACUUUGUGUAAAUCAUACCUUUCUUGAGCCUUGUGUGCAUGCUCCAGCAGCAGCCUUGUAGCUGCUGCCCAAAGCCAAUCCUGAUGGAGUGAUUCCCUGGCAUCUUCUCUUUCAAUCUGUCAUGAGGACUGAGUACUGAAACAGAUCAAUUGGUGAG